AUGGCGAUCAAGUUGUCCCCCAAUCUUGGCCAUCUGGUCUAUGGAAUCGCCUUCCUCUCAGCCGCCCGCCUUGCUUUUGCUCAGAAAAAGGUUCUCAUAUACUCUUACGUGGCACCCGGCGAGUUUGUGCACGACUCUAUACCGACGGCAACGCAAGCUCUCAUCUCUCAUGGUUCUUCAAUAUCUAUCUCGUUCGACUCUACGCAAGACCCCUCUCAGUUUACCGCCCAAAACUUGAAGAACUAUGACGGCUUACUGUUCCUCAUGACCAUUGGAGAAGUCUUGGACUCGACUCAACAACAGGCGUUCCGGGAUUACCUCGACGGCGGCGGCAACUUCAUCGCCGUGCACGCCGCGUCUGACUGCUUAAGAAACACGAGCUGGUAUGGAGAAGAAGUUGGCGCCUACUUCGAUUACCAUCCCGAGCUACAGAACGCGACAGUGGAUGUGAUAGACUCGUCACAUCCUGCGACCAGUAUGCUACCCGCGCAGUGGCACGUACAAGAUGAGAUGUACAACUUCAAGAGCGACCCUCGGUCCAUCGGAGCUGUAGUUCUGCUCUCCGCCAACGACUCCUCAUACAAUGAUCCAGGCCCACGAAAGUUCAACCAAGGGACCCCUCAUCCAACCGCUUGGUACCAGGAGAAAGGCGCCGGCGUAGAAUCUAACGGUACAGCGGGCCGUUCCUUCUACACCAGCCUCGGGCACUUGAGCUCGACUUGGCAGGACGACCUAUUCUUGUCGCAUAUCCUAGGGGGAGUUCAGUGGGCUGUUGAGGCAACCGCCAGUACGAAUACGUCGUCGUCCGCGUCGUCUACUGCCUCAGCAUCCGCAAGCGCGACAUCCGCUAGUAGUGCAGCUGACUCAUCAUCCCCAGCAUCUCAAUCUUCCGGCACCCAGCUAGGCUCUAUGGGCAUGUGGGCGACAUCUUUGCUCUCUGCCUUAGGUGCACUCGUCUUUGUGCCCUGA